GCAGACCCUGCGGGAGGCCGCUGGUGCCCAUGUCCGCCCUCCGCAGCUCGAGCCAGGGCAGGAACGACCCCAGCGACGUGCUGACCAACACCAGCCAGGUGCUGAGCCAGGUGCUGGGCAGCAUGGAUGCCAUUUACAUCGGGGCCGAGUGCCUGGUGGCUUUGCUCGCUGCUUUGGGUAACAUCCUGGUCAUCUGGGUGGUGAAACUGAACUCAGCCUUUCAGAACACGACCAUGUACUUCAUCGUCUCCCUGGCGCUGGCUGAUAUCGCCGUGGGGGUCCUCGUCAUCCCCCUGGCCAUCGUGGUGAGCCUGAAGGUCAGCAUUGACUUCUACUCCUGCCUGUUCAUGUGCUGCCUGAUCGUGAUUUUCACUAACGCAUCCAUCCUCUCCCUCCUGGCCAUCGCGGUCGACAGGUACCUGCGCGUGAAGCUGCCCAUCAGAUAUAAAAUAAUCACUACAGAAAGAAGAAUUUGGUGGGCACUGGGUUUGUGCUGGUCUCUCUCCCUGCUGGCAGGAUUAAUCCCCAUGUUUGGAUGGAACAGGCAAAAAGAAAGGAACGCUGACUCUCAAACAUGCGAAUUUGUCUCUGUGAUGAGGAUGGAUUACAUGGUAUAUUUUGGGUUUGUGACAUGGACCCUUGUCCCUCUGACCAUCAUGUGUGGUCUGUAUGUUGAAAUCUUUUACAUCAUCAGGAUGAAGCUAAGCCAAGGUGUAAGCAACGUGAGAGGGGCAGGAACAUUUUAUGGACAGGAGUUCAAGACAGCCAAAUCUCUAGCACUUGUUCUCUUCCUGUUUGCAGUAUCCUGGUUGCCUCUGUGCAUUAUAAACUGCAUCUUCUAUUUUUACCCUGAAUGUAAUAUCCCCAAGCACUGGAUUUACCUGGGAAUCUUGCUGUCCCAUGCCAAUUCUGCCAUGAACCCCAUUGUCUACGCUUGCAGGAUAAAAAAGUUCAAAACCACUUACCUUUUAAUUUUAAGGACCUAUAUCCUAUGCAAAAAAAGCCCAACAACACCAGACCCAGUCCUUACAGAACAAACACCUCAAUAGUCAUAAAUAUAGAAUGAAUGUUGGCUCAUCAGUGUAUACCGGACCAUUGAUAAAAUGCUUUAAAAAACCCAUGGGAAUUUUACCUACAGUCUUACACAAACUGUUUUAUGAUAAGGGCAAACCCCUUCUACUCUAUCUGAUGUACAUUUGACAUUAAGCCUAAAAGGAUCAUCCACAAUCUUCUGCAUUAUUAUACCCCAGCAAAUUCUGCUUGACUGUAGCUGUACACCAAGCCCAGACCUUCCAGACAAGAAUCUUCAUUUAAGAGCACCUUCUAGUUUUUACUUAUUGGCUUGAGCAUUAUUUGGCAGACCAUCGACCCAAAGCACUGUUAACAAGGCAGAUUUUUUCCUCCUAGUUCCCUAGGUCAAAUUUAUGGCCAGCUGGUAAACACAAUUCUUGUUAAUUUCUAGUUUUAAAUCUUUUUGUCCAGUUACAGGCCCUUUACUUGCACACAACCACACUUGCCCCCGACGUUUUGUUCCAGCAGCAUGUGUUCAAUAAGGCUAUAGCACCUUGUGCAACACCUCCACCUGUGGAUGAAAAACUGCAUCACGAAACUAUCCUCACUGUGGGUCCCACUGCUGACCGUCUCAGCUGAAAGGACAGAAGCUGAACUGCCUUCGGUGAUUCUUCUUUGGGGAAGAUCCUGUCGUGGGAGUCUUUCAUUAUUUGGAAAUCAAGAUAGUGCUCAUCCCAGAAGCCUGAAAAAUGGACCUCAGACAUGGGGCACCAGGCAGGAGCUGGUGCAAGAGCUAUUGAGAGAUGGGAUGUGCUGUGGAUAGGGGAGCAUGCCAAGAGGAGGUAACUGACAAAAAAAUUAAAUAAAUAAACUAAUGAUAUCUUUAGGUUAUUCCCUCCUCCCCCAGCUCCCUUACCAAGGAUAGAAUCAACUAUUCCUAUACCAUCAAGUCUGCAUUUUCUUAAUUUGUUACUGAAAAGCAUCCAUUUUGGCGAUUUUCCUGCACAGCAUAUUCCCAUGAUCUGUUCUCCCUACCCACCAGAAACUGUUUUCUUAACACCUGACAUAAAUGCAGUUUGUUGCAAAUCUCCUUUGCAAACCAGUUGCUCUGAACAGUUUCUUUUUGCAGCCUGUUACAGAUCUGAAGAUUUACUCUGAACUGAAUCCGAAGGUGUAUGUAAAUAUGUCUAUAUACGUAUUUAUUGUAUAAUUUCAAAAUACAGAAGAGACUUCAGACAAAUUUUGUCCAUUUUUUUCUCCUGCAAGGGUUGGCUGGGUCUACUGAAAAUAGGAUAAAUGUUUUUUGUUGUUGGUAACACAGCAGCUCGCAAUGCAGGCAUGUUGUCACUGACGACUCUUACCUCCUUUGUCUUCUGUACAACUAGACGAUAAAUUCAAAUCUGGUCAACUUGUGCUGCUGUCACUGUGCCACAUUAUAAUGAAGGACAAUAAAUAUUAUAUGGAUUUAA